AGCUUAGUCGUGAUUCGAAGCCGGUCGUGUAAGGUGAAUGUCGUGGAUUUUGUACCGCGUACCAUCUACCUCCUUUUUGUUCAUUUUCCUUUGUAUCCGCGUGUGUACGUACGUGUGUGCUUGUUCACCAUCAAAAGGGAAUUCUGUGUGUGCGCAAGGAAUACGUCGUUAGAAGCUAAAUGGCUUCUCAUCUGUGCGUCUUCGUUGUUUCCCCGCGACGGAUAUAAAAGAAAAAGUACGACAGUGUUUGUACCGAUCCGUCGAGGUUACGUUUGUUAGUCCACGGUGAUCUGUUGUCGCGAGUGAUCACAGUGUUAUCUGUUACCAAGGAAGUUGGUACAAAAAGGAAGAGGGCGAACAUUUUUCUUUACGAUGCUGACUUCCAGUGCGAAUCAGUACCUCCGUCCGGAAUAUCUCACGCCUCUGCCUACCACGUUAGAUGCGAAGAAAAGCCCGCUCGCGCUACUCGCUCAGACAUGUAGCCAAAUAGGAGCCGACUCGCCGUCCAAUAAAUCUCUGCUAGGCUCGUUGGACAAAGCAUCGAGCAACAAAUCUUCAAAGUCGGAUCAGUCACGUGAGAAAUCGUCGCCCACGGUAGCUCCAUCUUCGUUGGAGUCAACCAAGACCAAUUUCAAACCGUACGAAUCCUGUCUGGCUCGGGAGAAGGCAUCGACGCCUGACGAGCAACGAUCAGCUUCUAGCCACUCGGCGUCCGGUCGAUCGAGGACACCCGGUAGCGGUAACAAACGAUGCCCAAGCAAUCAGAGCGUCUCGUCGGUUAGAGCCGUAACGCCGCAGGGUCGAAAAACCGCGACGCCAAACGGCGACGUGGCUCGAGAGUCGCCCGCCUCGAGGACCUCGGCGACAGGGAAUCUUUCCUCGAAUCAACUUGAGCCGACGUGCUCGUCGUCUCAACCAGCCGUUGUCAGCAGUCCGUCGUUGCAAGCAAAGCCCUCGUACAGUCCUGCCAGUGUCCUAGCCAUCACAGACCCGUCCAUCAAGGAUCUUCCAUUGGGUACUUUUAAGCCAGGCGUCAGUUUAGCCUCAUCGACCGCCGCUUAUCUAACUUACGCUCCACAAUUACCUAUCGACGCGAUGGCCAGCACUCUGGUUUCCCAACACCACGCCAGUUUAAAGAACGGAUUAAUAGCUGGAAAUCCUUAUCUAAGCUACGCUAGGUUGAAAAGUUCCUCAGCUCCGGACACCCUGAUGCCCGUCUGCAGGGAUCCCUACUGUACCGGCUGCCAAUUGAACUCUCACCUUUUUGCGAACGGUAAAUUAGCGUCUACCACGACUAGCACACCAACUUCCUGUCCUGCUGGCUGUGCCCAGUGCGAUCACAAACCUGCGGUCGCUUAUGGAGCUUUAGGUGCUGCUGCAUAUGCACACGCACAGUUGGCUGCACUGGCAGCCGCUUCGCAGCUUCCGUACGUUUGCAACUGGAUCGCCGGCGACACAGCCUAUUGUGGCAAGAGAUUUUCCACGUCCGAAGAGCUGUUGCAGCAUUUGAGAAGUCACACGACCAGCUCGACCAGCGCCGCUACGGAUCCUUCAGCCGCCGCGUUGUCUCUGCUGUCUCCCUCGGUUGGAUUGCCACCGACCCAUCCAUUGUUUUCCAGGACUUACCCCACGCCACCGUUGAGCCCGCUAGCAACCGCGCGUUAUCACCCUUACGGAAAAUCUUCUACAUUAUUACCACCGUCCUUAUCGUCACUGGGUCUACCGCUUCCACCGCCGCAUUCGCACACACCUGCAGGAUUACCACCGUAUUUCUCCCCGUAUUCGUUGUACGGUGCUCCCCGCCUUGGCGCCGCCUCCGGUCUGCCCCAAUGAUUUCUUUAAAACAUCUAUCGACAAAUAUCAACCGUUUAACUGUGAUCCAUAUGCGAGGAUAGAGAGGAGCGUACGCGAAAGAGCUAGGUAACCUCGCUAGCUACUGACCUCGUAAUCUCGUUAAAUGAACAAAUUGGUCGCUUAAUUCCUGGCGCGAUCGCGCCCGACACCUUAACGCGAUUCUGUGCUGUGCUGUGUGGUGCUCCGGUGUUAUCAUUUUUUUUUCUUGUUUUUUUCAAACAUAUCAGUUAUUUAUUUCGCACGUGUCGAAUGUUUGGAGAAAGGUGUUGAAGGGAUUGCGAUCAUUUGCGUACCAAACGUUUAACUGUGAUUCUUGAGCGAGAGGAACAAAUCAGAAAAUAACGCGUGCCUGAAAGAACCAUGUAAUGGCUGCUGCAUAGAAUUAUCAACCAUCGACGCGUAUUUAAGCGGUUCCUUUAUAAUCUUUGUACUCUGUUUGCCUCCCUAUACGAAUUUUCUUACACUCGCUUCUCAUUUGUGUUCUCAGUCACCUUUAAAUAUUUAACGCGCUAAAGAGGGUUUUUCAAAAAAUGUGUACACACUUUUGUUUGAUUCUUAAUUAUAUUUUCAAUUUUAAUUGCAGAUAUUUAAUCCGUAUGUAGGCAACCGUGUAUAAAGUACCCACUUACACUUUGGAAUAAAAAUUUUUCACAAUUUCUGAAACAUUUUAAAAUAUUUUUUUUCUUCCUUGUUUAUGGACUUGGAUACAAAUGUACCCCAGACACCACACAGCCUAGAAAAAAAUGGUUGCUUACACAACGAUUAAAAUACCUCUAGGGCUCAGUUAUAUGUUCAUUUUUCCAAUAUGCAAUGUCGAGACAAUAAAAAUCGAAAGUAAGUUAUUAUUUCAAUUAAUAAAUUUAACAAAGAAAUAAAAAUCCAGUGUGUAUACAUUUUUCUCAGUCACUCUGUAUGUACAGUUUUGAACAAAUUUUUGUAGGACGAAUGCCGAUUGUAAAUUAUUUUUCAAUAUUUAACGCCAUUUAAUUUAAAUAAAAGCUAAACGAGUGCCACGGGUCAUGUCGAAAAGCCAAUGUUCAACUGUGAUUUCCGAGUGAGAAAGGUAACGCGUGAGUGAGAUACGUUGCGCUUCCGUCACAGAGAAUUAGUCGUAUGAGUACGUGUAUGCGUGAUUUUUAGAAUUCGACGUCGACCAUACAUUAUUUCUUUCAGAAAAGAAGAAAAGAAAAUUAAAUCACUGCGAUAGCUUCCAAGCAGAGUUGGGCAUUAUUAGAAUAAUAAUUAUAAAUGAAACGAAGUUAUUCGUGUAUGAUGAAUCAACUUUUAAUUUAAAGGAACGAAUAGAUGUACAGAACUGGAAAUUAUUCGAAUAAAUUUGUAAUCAGAUGAUUAUUCGGAUAACACUUUAUUUGUUAUUCGUAAAUGUGCCCAAUCCUAGAUUUGAUUACAUUACUGGUAGGUACAAGUCAAGCUAUCUGCCGCAAAGUACGUAUAAGAAAUACUGUAAAUAAUUAAUACUGUCACUAAGUAAAUAAUUAAUAAUGUAAUGACGGACAAAAUGUUAUUCGAAUAAUAAUAGUAAAUAUAAAUUCGAAUAAUGCCCAACGGACUGCGUUCACUCAUUUAUAUACAGGUUGUCUCAAAAUAGCUGUACAACCCUAAAAUUUGAAUAAAUUAUUCGCUGUUUUGAAUAAAAAAUUUGUUAUUCUCAAA